GUUAGUCAUUACGUUUUGUAAUAACAGGUCGCGAUGAAGUGUGUAACAACAUGAGAAAAGUAGUCCAGUAUUUUAUAUAUAAUUCGGCUCGCUGACUGGCUGUAUACCAAUUUAAGAUGCCUUCGCAGAUUGUUUGUAAAGGCACUGCUGCAGCCAUCGCUGCACGAAGAAUAAGGACUAUUUUGGUACCACUUUCCUCGAAGGGUGAAUGGGCAGGUUUGGCCAAGGGUCGAAGUGUUGAAAGCAAAUUCGUAAACACAUCAACAGGUGGGACAGUGAAAAUUGGAGACAUUUCAUACCAGCUCAAAAAGCCAGAGAGACCAGAGCUUGUCCCCAUAAAUCAUGUGAAUGAUGCCUUGCCCCAGACUGUCGCUCGUCAUCUCCGAUGGAUCAUGCAGAAGGACCUUUUGGGCCAAGAUGUGUUCCUCAUUGGACCUCCAGGCCCCCUCAGACGCUCCAUUGCUAUGCAGUAUCUGGAGUUGACAAAACGUGAAGUAGAAUAUGUUGCCCUCAGUCGAGAUACCACUGAAACGGAUCUUAAACAGCGAAGGGAGAUCAAAGCUGGAACGGCCUUCUAUGUUGAUCAGUGUGCAGUGCGAGCGGCUAUAGAGGGACGUACCCUUGUUCUGGAAGGCCUGGAGAAAGCUGAAAGGAACGUGCUGCCUGUCCUGAAUAACUUGCUGGAGAACAGAGAAAUGCAACUGGAGGACGGGCGCUUUCUCAUGUCAGCACAACGCUACGACAAACUACUCAAGGAGCACACCAAAGAGGAACUUGACUCUUGGAAGAUUGUGCGUGUAAGUGAGGACUUCCGUGUCAUCGCCCUGGGCCUGCCCGUUCCAAGAUACUCUGGCAACCCACUGGAUCCUCCACUACGAUCCCGCUUCCAGGCUCGCGAUAUCUACUACCUGCCAUUCAAGGACCAGCUGGAAAUGUUAUACAAUAUAGGACCAAAUGUUGAAGCACAGAGGGUGUCACAACUGUUGUCUUUUGCUACCACACUCUGCUCCCAAGAAUCUGCAUCUCUUGCGAUUCCAGACUUCCCUGUGGACAACUUGAGUUCAGCUGUCAAAAUCUUGAAUCUUUUCCCCAAAAUGUCCCCACCGCAACUGAUCCAGAGGUUGUACCCUUAUCACAUCAUGCUUGCCAAGGAAGGGUGCUCAGCGGUAGAGGGUCUGCUCCAUCGUUUUGAACUCAACACUCCCAAGAGCCAAGUUUCUGAGGUGGUCAAUUUGGAGUCAACAGGCACAGACAAGACUGUUACCAUCUCAUCUGCGGGGAGUGAUGUCACUUUCCAGGUUCCAUCUGGUGCUCACCUGCCCCGUCCGCCCCAUAAGAGCACCGGCUUCAUCAAGACUCCAACCCACUCCAACCUUCUGGCAGAGAUGCUGCAGUCCCACUUAGUCAAAGACAUUUGUCUGAUUGGCGCCAAGGGAUGUGGCAAGUCUGUGAUUGUCCGAGAGUUUGCUGAGAUGCUGGAUUAUACCAUCGAGACCUUGAUGUUGUAUCAGGACAUGACUGCUCGAGAUCUCCUUCAGCAGCGCUACACCCUACCUAAUGGAGAUACUGCUUGGAGGGCCUCUCCCCUCGUCAGCGCGGCUCAGGAGGGCAAGCUAGUCGUAUUGGAUGGGAUCCACAGAAUAAACCUGGGCACUCUGGCAGUGCUCGCCAGGUUGCUGCACGAUCGAGAGUUGUCGCUUUAUGAUGGCACACGGCUGCUGCGGUGGGACCGGUACCAGGCGCUGAAGGAGGAAGUGCAGCUAUCAGAUGAGGAGCUGCAGCAGAGGUCUGUGUUUCCUGUGCACCCGUCGUUCCGUGUGGUGGCGCUGGCGGAGCCCCCGGUGGCGGGCAGCAGUACUAAGCAGUGGCUGGGGCCCGAGCUGCUCAGCAUGUUCCUCUUCCACAGUGUCAGCCAUCUGCCCAGAGCAGAGGAGGCCCAGAUCAUACAAGACAUGGUUCCCUCUAUCACCAACGCAGCUGUGGACCAGUUGCUUCAGCUCAGCCACCGUCUUAGGCAAACAAAUGAUGUCACAGCUCAGUCUUUGGCGUCCUCGCUCUCAACUAGACAACUUCUGAGGAUAUGUCGACGGAUCUCGCAUUAUCCAGACGAGAGUAUUGCCCACGCUGUGAACAAGGCUUGCUUGUACAGGUUUUUGCCCAGUUUGGCUCGCACUGCCUUGGAAAAAAACCUUGCUGACUGCUCCAUGAAGAAGUCUGCACCAUCAGCAAGCGAUCAGAAUUACAAAUGUGCUAUUGAAAACGGCAUCCUUACCAUAGGGCAAGUUUCCAUUCCUCUCUACCAACCAGAUGAGAAAACCAAAGUCCCUGAUGUCCUGUUCUAUGAGAACACACAGCACAUGAUGGUGAUGGAGGACAUGCUGAAGGACUUCUUGCUAGGUGAACAUCUGCUCUUAGUGGGAAAUCAGGGUGUGGGGAAAAAUAAGGUCGUUGACCACUUUCUACAGUUGAUGAACCGACCACGAGAAUACCUCCAACUUCAUAGAGACACAACAGUGCAGUCAUUAACUCUGCAGCCCUCAGUGCGAGACGGGGUCAUUGUGUAUGAGGAUUCACCCUUGGUUAAAGCUGUGAAAAUGGGGCGUAUACUGGUCAUUGAUGAGGCAGAUAAAGCGCCCACCAAUGUCACAUGUAUCCUGAAGACACUGGUGGAGGACGGUGCCAUGAUUCUGGCAGAUGGAAGAAGGAUUGUGUCAGAAGCAUCUGAAAACCCGAAUGUGAUUGUAAUGCAUCCUGACUUCAGGAUGGUUGUUCUGGCCAACCGCCCUGGUUUCCCAUUUUUGGGGAAUGAUUUCUUUGGUGCACUUGGUGAUAUCUUCAGUUGUCACGCUGUUGACAAUCCUGAGGCGGAAGCCGAGCUGGCGAUGCUAAAGCAAUAUGGGCCCAAUGUCCCAGAAGUGAUUCUGAAUAAGCUUGUAGCUGCCUUUGGAGAGCUGCGAGCCAUGGCAGAUAAGGGCACCAUCACGUACCCUUACUCAACGAGAGAAGUGGUCAACAUUGUUAAGCAUCUUCAGAAAUUUCCGGAUGAAGGGCUUGCCAGUGUGGUACAGAACGUUUUCGACUUCGACUCCUACAACAAGGAUACUCGUGAGGUCCUGAUUACAGUCUUGCACAAACAUGGCAUCCCUAUUGGAGCGAAGCCCAGCAGUGUGCAUCUGGCUAAGGAGUUGCCCCUACCUGAAUGCAAGAUGUCUGGAUACUGGACAAUAAACCAAACUGGCAAUGCACGUCGCAAACUACUGUGCCCCACUGAAUCUCAUAAAAUUGACAUCAAGGGCCCAGUGUUUAUGCGUGUCCAGCCGUUUGCCAUCGAGAGACACGAGUCCAGAGCACUGAGCUUCACUGAAGAAAAUGCACAUUGGCAGAUUCCCAUGAAUGAGGUCAACAUUGUCUGUGAUGUUGCCACUGCUAAGGAUUCCAUCUAUGUGGCCACCUGUAAUCCAGUGUCCAUCUAUGCAAUGAAAGAAAGAGCAAAUGUGGUACAUUGUGUGGAGCUCGGUGGAACCUUCCCACGUGUCGCUGGUGGUGUCUGGCAGCCUUUGGUCAGUUUAGCACCACUUGGUGAACCCCUCGAGGGCCAGGUCAUUCUACAUGAAGAACAGAGCAACACAGUAAUGCAUGUGGACAUGGUGACUGGAGCAGCAAGGAGAUUCGUGCUGAGUCAGGAUCCAGAAGAGCCUGUUCAGAGUCACACGCCCUCUAAAUGGUGGAGUAACAAGGAGAGUAGUAAGCCUGUCUUCAAAAUGUGCAGCAAUUUUUCUCAGAAUAAUUGGGUUCUUUUCUACAAAGAGGAUGGGAAUCAGCUGGAUGUCUUGGAUGUAUUGGAGGGAACGGUUCACUCAAUUUCACUUCCGAUCAACGUGAAAUCUGUUUUCCUGGUGGCAGAGGACCGCUGGCUUCUUAAUGAGAGCAACACCAACAAGAAGUUCUUGUUAACGAAGCCUUUGCACAUGGGUGCAGAUGACUCUGCAGUUUGCCAACUACACGCCAUAACUGAGGAACCGCAUCAGAAGGGCUUCGGACUGAGCACAGGAUCAGAACCCCCUGUUCCCCAGCAGGUGUCCAGUAGCCAGUUAUCUACUGUAAACCUCAGCGCUGCCUUGGGCCAGAAGAUAGACUCACCUAACCGGCUCAUCUGCGACGCCAGCUCCUACGGCAGAGUCAUCGUGGGCUUCCCUGAUCUUAUGUCUCCUAAUGAGGUGUACACAUUUGGAAGACCCACGGAGCUCACUGCGGGCAGAGAUGUGGACAUGUUCUUUGGAGGGGGCCGCCGCACAGGGGACCCUAAGAGGAUCAACUGUGUCACUUUGCCAACCGCAAACCAGGUGGUGAGAGCCCUGCCGAAAUCACAAGUGCCUACUGCUGAAAUCUACCCUGAUGUCACACCGCCCAUGACCGCUGCCUACUUGGAGGUUGCCGACUUCAACUCCAAAAAGGUCAAAUAUGUCCCCGUUCCCAGAUCCCCAACCGUGUCCCCUUACACUGCCUGGGUGUCAAAGUUGUCCGACACCGAUGUCUUGAUGGCACCCUUGAGCACAGGAGGGGUCGUGACUGUGGACGUGGGGGGCUACGUACGCUUAUGGGAGACUGGACUAGAGAACCUGCAGCGCUCUCUGCUGGAGUGGAGGAGGAUGAUUGGAGAAGAGGAUGGUCGUCCAAUACAAAUUACUGUUCAGAGGGACAGUGGCCUGGAUGUGAACGCUCCCAAACAUGGCAAGAUUGACCCCAAGAACGCACCGCAUGUCGGAGGAAACCAGUGGGCAGGAGGCACAGGAGGCAGAGACACAGCAGGCCUGGGGGGUAAAGGGGGCCCCUACCGUUUAGACGCAGGACACAAAGUCUACCAGAUCUCUGAGGCGGAGAAGGAUGCUGUUCCUGAUGACGUCAAGAAGGCGGCACGUGAGAUGGGCGAGAAGGCUUUUAAAGAGAGACUUAAGGAGAUUGAGAUGAGCGAGUAUGAUGCUGCCACUUACAAGCGCUUUGCUGGAGGAGUACAGCGGCAAGUUCAGUCUCUACGAAUCAUUCUGGACAGCCUUCAGGCGAAAGGAAAGGAGCGGCAGUGGCUGAAGAAUCAGGUGUUGGGCGAGCUUGAUGACUCAAAGAUCAUCGAUGGCCUAACUGGAGAAAAAUCCAUUUAUAAACGAAGAGGAGAGCUGGAACCGGAGCUUGGGACCCCACAGCAGAAACCCAAAAGGUUGCGCCUCUUGGUGGAUGUUUCGGGGAGCAUGUACCGUUUCAACGGAGUCGACGGACGACUUGAGCGCUCAAUGGAGGCUGUUUGCAUGAUGAUGGAGGCAUUGGAAGAUUAUGAACAUAAGUUUAAAUAUGACAUUCUAGGCCAUUCUGGAGACGGAUUUGACAUUGAAUUGGUCCGAAGUGACAAGAUUCCAAAAAACAACAAAGAGAGGCUGAAGGUUUUGAAGAUGAUGCAUGCUCAUGCACAGUUUUGUAUGAGCGGAGACUACACUCUGGAGGGUACAGAGUAUUCGAUUAACGAGCUGGCGAGGGAGGAGGCCGAUGAGCAUUUCCUGGUGGUCCUCAGUGAUGCCAACCUGGAGCGCUACGGUAUCAGGCCAGCACGCUUCGCCAGCGUACUCACAAGUAACCCGCAGAUCAACACCUUUGCCAUCUUCAUCGGCUCCCUUGGAGACCAGGCUGAAAGGCUUCAAAAACAACUUCCAUCAGGACGAUCUUUUAUUGCCAUGGACACUAAAGAGAUUCCUCAAAUCUUGCAGCAGAUCUUCACGUCUACAAUAUUGUCCAAUGCCUGAGGUGGGUUGCUGAACUUGUCUUCAGCCCACUCCUUGGCCAUUUUACCAGUUAUGCCUCUUUUCCACUGACGGUUUUCUGGUAGGCCUACAGCUUGACACAGCACGACUCGGCCGCCACUUCUUGCUUUACGAUUGAGCUGUGUCGUGCCUAUUCGAAAAGCAAAAAGUGGCAUCCGAGUCGCGUUGUGUUGAGCUGUAGGCCUACCAGAAAACCGCCAGUGGAAAAGGGCAUUCGCUGUUUUAAUCUUUAUCUCCAUCCAUUCUAAUGUUUGAUUUCUGUAAAUGGCAUUCAUCAUAUACGGAAGUGUAUAUUAGUACCUAAUGUGUAACAUAGUUGAAUAAAAUGUAUUAUAUAAACUGCAAACUAUAGUAAUGUUUAUUGACUUAACUUAUAGGUGAAGAUAUGAAUCAAACUAAAUUAUGAAAACAUACAUGUACAUUUACAGGACAACUUGUGUUCAAAAUUAGCAGAAGAGAAUGUGGCUUGGUUAAUACGAAGUUUUCGGUGUGUGUGUGUACUACUGUAUGUGUGUUGGUGGCCUCCAUCAGUACAUUAAAUAUGGAUGCAGCUUUCAGAGCCCCAGUUUCAUACCUCAGAGGCCUGGACUCAAAGACGCACAUGUCCAUUUAGGCAAUGUAACAAAACGGCAAAUUGCACGAAUGUUAGAGUAGCAAAUGCGGGGUUUGUAUGGGUGUGUGAAAUCUUAGAUUAAGGUUGGAUUUUUGUGUGUUAUCUUUUUUUUUAUAUACAAUGCUUUUAA